GUCCUCGCAUCAUUUCGCAAGCAACCAUAGACCUGUACACUCGUUAUUCUUUAAAUUGCAGAGCGCCAAAUUUGCGAUGUCGUAAUUUCGAUACUCCACUGGCGUCUCGUAGAUUUGUUUUGAAUUUUCAUUUGGGAAAUUAAUAACAUUCAUUAUUAAUUUUUUCCCGCCUGCUGAGGAGUUAAACAAAAUUAGUCAAAAAUGACUGGCAUCGAAAUUUUUUGUGGCAUCGUCGCGGUACUUCUCCUACUUUACUACUAUUCCAUCUCAACUCACAACUUUUGGAAAAAACGCGGAGUUGCUGGACCGGAACCGACACCAUUUUUUGGUAACGUUACCAGAGUGAUGUUCUCCCAGCUAUCAAUGGGUCAACUUCUGCGCGAAAUGUACAAAAAAUAUAAAUCUAAUCCCGUACUUGGCCUAUUCGCAAGAAGAGAACCUAUAUUGAUUAUAAACGAUCCUGAAUUAAUCAAGACAAUACUUAUAAAAGACUUCGCGAAAUUUUCAAAUCGUGGGAUAACUGUCAAUGAAAAGGCGGAACCACUUUCGCAGCACUUGUUUGCUCUGGAGCCGGAAAGAUGGCGACCGUUGAGAGCAAGGCUAUCGCCGGUUUUUACGUCCGGCAGACUGAAGGAAAUGUUCUUCAUGAUCAUCGAUUGCAGUAAAAGCCUUGAGGAACAUUUGGAGGCAGUGGCAGUAAAAGGCGAUCCCGUUGAUUGUCGUGACUUGACAUCAAGAUUCACUACGGACGUUAUUGGCACCUGUGCUUUCGGAAUUAAUAUGAAUUGUUCGUCGGACAUGGAAUCGGAAUUUCGUAAAGUGGGGAAACAAUUUUUAGCUACUUCCCUUAUGCGUGUGAUAAGAGCUAGAAUACGAGAAAUUGCACCAGGGUUCUACACCCUGUUUGCCCGCGUCCUACCGCGUCCCUUUGGCACCGACUUCUUUAUGGAUAGUGUUCUGAACAUGAUAGAGUACAGAAAGAAGAAUAAUAUCGUCAGAAACGAUUUCAUCAACACUUUGAUGGACAUCCGGGAGCAUCCUGAGAAGCUGGGUGACAUCGAUUUAACGGACGGACUACUCACAGCGCAAGCAUUGAUCUUCUUUGUUGCUGGUUUUCAUUCUGCGUCAGCAACGAUCAGUAACGCACUUCUCGAAAUGGCAUUGAAUCAGGACAUACAGGACAAGUUACGGGAAGAAAUCAAGGAACAUCAUAAACUCAAUAACGGAGAAUGGCACUUUGAAAAUAUAAAAGCCAUGCCCAUUUUGGAUGCCGUAUUUAAAGAGACGCUGAGAAAGUACCCAGCACUGCCAUUUCUUAGCAGAAAGUCAGUCGAUGACUACACUUUUGAAGACUUGAAAUUUUCGAUCCCGAAAAAUACAGGUGUGUUUAUACCCGUGUAUGGAAUACAACACGAUCCAGACAUUUACCCUAAUCCAGAAGUUUUCGAUAUUACUCGAUUUAUGGGUGACGCGGAGUCGAAGAGACAUCCAAUGCAUUAUUUACCAUUUGGCGAUGGACCAAGGAAUUGCAUCGGUGCACGAUUCGCAAUCUUCCAAACGAAAAUUGGGAUUAUUAAGACAAUUCGUAACUAUAAAGUUGAUACCUGCGAGAAUACUGUCUUCCCAUGUAAAUUCAAUCCGCGCGCCUUUUUAUUAGUUCCAACUCAUCCCAUCACUUUGAAAAUUACAAAAAUUAAAAGCUAACAGAACGAUUCGUGAUUAAACACCCUUCGUUGCAGGUAUUUCAACUGUUUUUCUAAAACACAAUUAAUGAAUGCCAUACACUGGGAACACUAAUAAAUCAGAAUUAAUUUACAGUAACUAUUAUAUUGAUUAACAUAACUCUUAAACUAUAAACGUGGCUCUUUCGUAACAAAUAUAACACUAUUGAAAAAGGUCUCAAAAAUGCAUGAGACAUCUUCAGACAACUAUACCCUUGUACCCUUAAAUUCACCUAUUUAAUAACUUUAUUUACGCAAAAAAUAUUUUCUGCCGAUUAGAUUGCGAGAAAUCAAAUUCGUACGAACUAGUCGGAACACAAAGUACCCACGUUUACAGUUUAAGAAUUAAAACAUUCAAACUACGGUAUUGUAACUAGAUUUAUUAAUAUUAGUGAUUAUAUAAAUUAAAAUUUUUCAUAAAAUGCCAUCGUGCAAAAUAAACGAGGGCUACAAAAGA